CCGCAGUUAAAACCGCGACGCCACCACGUAUACUUUGGAAUUAAUUGUGGUGAUAACGCAGUCAUAGUAAAGCAUCCCAUCGUACACGUUGGUGGUUUGGUUUUCUUGGGUAGAUAUAAUAUUAUUAUUAUUAAUUUUCAUCUUUGUAACAUGUGGAAAUUAGGAGUAUUACUGGUACUGGCUACGUGCCGAUUAAGCUGGGCUAAUCCCAGUUGUGAUUUAAGCAGUGUCUUGCCGUGUAUGAUGCCAGCCAUUGCCUAUAUGCUUGGUCCCGAAGGGCAGGAAUUGGCCACGUUGAAGGACGGCGGAGAGAUCAAUGAACAGCAACUACUCGGCAUUUGCAGAUUGGGCCAAAGCACGCUGGGCUGCAUGAAAGACCACAUUGACCGUUGCGUUCCGCGCAGCAUCCCCGAUAUACACGAUUUCAUGGCCGGCACCGCCAACGUGAUGACGGUGUGCGAUAAACCGGGCAUGUACAGCAAUGCCAAGGUGCUGAUGAAGUGCAACCAGAAGCUGAACGCCACCAGCACCAAAUUCCGGCGCUGCACAGAGGAUUUGUCCAGCGGUAUCCAGGGCAUGACCGGCGGCUCGCAGGCCACCGCCACGUUCAGCACCGACCCCAAUAAAGCCCUGGAUAUGUGGAAGAGCGGCAACAUGCUCCGUGACCUUUGCUGCAAAGUGCAAAACUAUAAGAAUUGCAUGGGUACGGAAGUGACGGAUAAAUGCGGUGCGGAUGCUGCUGCAGUGGACACCAGUGUCUUUCAUGCCAUGUUCAACACCUACUCGUGUCAAGGACGUGUUGCUGACUGUUCAUCUGUUGCAUAGUUUUGUCCCUCCAUCCAUCUCCAGAAUGACGGAUGCGGCUUUCAUCCGCAGUACUCAAGAUCUCUGUUUACCAUCUACAUGCAUCGCUGCUGCGAUAAUUGUUGUCUGUAUCGCGGAAGUGUGUGACAUAUGCCCUUUGAACCUGACUUUGUAAAGGUUAUCAGAUCGGAGCUUUCAUCGAUCUGCAAUGCUCCUGUAUAGAAAUCUUACGAUAUUUCGACCAUGGAACAAUAAAACGGAACUCGCGUG